GAGAAAGGGAAUCUGUAAAUUCCGCAGAGAUGCCAGCACUGAGGAAAGCGUGCUAUUUCAAUCCUCCAACACACUCUCUCAAUACAUAUACAUAUAUAUAUAUAUAUAUUUCAACCCCAGAUAAUUACCCCAGACCAAGGGCUGCUCGCUGCUACUCUCCGUGCUAUGGAUAUUAGGGCCCGGCAAUCCUUGCUAGGUCGCUGCUCCCUCGCUACUUGGAAGCAACCGGCAGUUGUCAGUCGUGUCUCGUGUAGCAGGACGCAUGAAGUAAUCUCAACGACGCGUGUGUUUCGGCCGUUGCGGGCGAGGGAUGGUUUAUAAAUGCGAACAUCUUCUUCAUGCUCCUACGUUUCUGAUACUUCCUGGAAUCUUCAUCAGUGCAAGCCAGCGCAGAUAGUGUUCUCUACUUUACUUUCUUUCUCUGUUGACUCCUGGAUCGAAUAAUCAAUCGCACGCUCGUUUCCUACUACUACUACCUACAUAACAAAUGGCCGGCGAAACAGCGCUCCGCCGUCUCAUCUACGACCAUCCUAUUAUCGACAACCAUGCUCACAAUAUCCUUAAAGCAGACAGUGCCUCCAAUUACUCCAAGUACCCUUUUGAAGCCAUUACCUCGGAAGCUCAAGGCGAAUCCCUUGAAACCCACGCAGCCAAUUCGCUCGCGCUAAUCAGAGCCGUCAACCAGCUAGCAGAGCUAUUUGGAUGCGCCCCCGAAUUAAGCGCCAUAAAGUCCGCAAGAGAAAAAGAGAUUGAGAAUGACUAUGACGAUCUGGUCAGAAAGUGCCUCGCGGGGACCCAUAUGCUAUUGAUAGAUGAUGGCUUGCCCCCAGGAGAUAUGGAGGCAUACUCAUGGCAUGACCAAUUCACCAAUGCAGCUUCGAAAAGGAUCGUUCGCAUUGAAGCCACCGCUGCCCUUAUAAUCGGGGAACUACUUGAGGCCCGGAACAUUUCCCGACCAUCCCCGCCCUUGGCAGAGCCAGAGAGAUUGACACAUUUCUGGGAUGCCUUCCGGGCUAGCUUUUUAACAGUUAUAAAUAACGCGUUGGAUGAUCCUGCUGUUGUUGGUUUUAAGUCUGUUGUCUGCUAUAGAACCGGACUCGUGAUUGAGAAAAGUUCCCCGGAAAAGCUAUUUACCACCUUUGAAACUUACUUUCGCUCCUUCGUCGAAUCUGGGGAAACCAGAAUCCAGAAUAAGCCAUUGAAUGAUUACCUUGUUAUUUCAGCUCUUGAUCAAAUCUCCAAGCGGCCAAGGAGCUUGAGAAAACCAAUCCAGUUCCACACCGGCUUAGGAGAUUCUGAUAUAAACUUGUUACGGUCAAACCCUGCCCACCUACAGAAUCUGAUUGAAGAGUAUCCCGAUGUGGAUUUUGUGCUACUACAUUCAUCAUACCCAUACACUCGAGAAGCAGGCUACUUGGCGAGCAUAUAUGCGAACACAUAUCUAGAUAUUGGUGAGGUCUUCCCCAUGACCAGCCGGGAUGCUCAGCUCUCGGUCCUCCGACAGAGCCUUGAGCUGGUUCCCAGUACCAAACUCCUUUGGAGCACGGAUGGCCAUUAUCAUCCCGAAACAUUCUGGCUUGCGAAUAGGCAAUUCCGGCAAGCCUUAGAUACAGUUUUUACAGAAUAUGUUCACCAUGGGGAUUACACAUAUGACAAAGCCAUGGAUUCUGUCCGCGAUAUCUUAUUUUUCAACUCAAAUCGACUCUACAGGCUCGACCAAUCCCCAGAUAGCCUUCAUUUCGAUUCCAAUUCUCUUCAAGCUUGCGACAUAGGUCCAGCGUUAUUUCAAACAGCGUCAGCACACACACCAGAGGACAUACUUAAAAAAUUCCUUAGUAAGAAGUCUGUGGACUUUAUAUGGAUGCAAUGGGUUGAUUAUACGGCCACCGUGCGUGUUCGAAUGUUUCCAGUCCGAGAAUUCAGUAAAAUUGUCCGUUCAAAGCAGAGAGUAGGAAUCGGUCUUGCUGUGAUGAACAUGCUGCAGACUGACAAACUCGUAGCCCCUGAGCCAUUGACCGCUGGUUCCUUCAUUCUAACCCCUGACGUUUCUACUCUAUGCCGGAACGUCGGACUCUCUUCAAGCAGUGCGACGGUUAUGACUUUCUGGAAAAAUGAGGCAGGCGGUGACCUUGAGGGUUGCCCUCGAACCACUCUUCAAAGCAUUGUCAACAGGUGCCAAAGUGAAUACGGCAUUAAAACACUUGUGGGUUUCGAGAUAGAAGUGGUCUUCAUGAAGAUUUCACAAUCAAAGGACGGAAGUUCCACCACCUACUCCCGUUGGUUCACCAAUCAUUCGUGGUCCAACCUCACCGCAGAAAAUGUUCAGGCGCUGCAAAUGAUUGAAAAGAUUGUCGAUAAACUGGCAGAUAUAGAUAUCCGCGUUCAGCAAUUCCAUCCUGAAUCCUCCCCCGGUCAAUUUGAGUUUGUUUUACCUCCAUCCACCCCGCUUACCGCCUGUGAUACUCUCAUCAAGGCUAGACAAACGAUCACCGACAUUGCUGCGCAAUAUGGUGUGCGAGCCACGCUCCACCCUCGCCCCUUUGCCAAUGCUGCAGGCACCGCAGCUCACGCCCAUAUCUCUAUUACUCCACCAAUCCUAAGAGACAAUUUUCUAGCAGGAAUACUCCAUAAUUUACCCUCAGUGUUACCUUUUACUUUACCGCAAGAUGCCAGUUACGAACGGGUUGUUGAAGGGAUCUGGGCGGGUGGGGUAUGGGUAGCUUGGGGAUAUCAGAAUCGCGAAACACCCAUCCGCGAAGUAUCUGCCGGCCACUGGGAGUUUAAGUCCAUGGACGGCUUGGCGAAUCCUUACCUGGCAGUUGCUGCGAUCAUUGGUGCGGGAUAUCUAGGCAUGAAGGGCAGGAUGCCGUUGACAAUCAAGGGGUGCGACGUGGACACCGCAACCCUCUCACCCUCCGAACGCGCCGCUCUAUCAAUCACAACCCGCAUGCCCUCAUCGCUAGAAGAGAGCCUUAGAGCCCUCGAAGCGAACCCCGACCUGCAAGCCCUCCUAGGCCUCGACUUUGUCAGGCGGUACAUAGGCGUUCGACGCGGGGAGCAUGAAAUGCUGAGCGCGAUGGGCGCGGAGGAGAGGUGGAAUUGGUUGAUUGCGAGGUAUUAAUGAUUUGGCGGGGGUUUUGAUUUUAAUAUCCUAAAUUAUUCGGGAUGUGAUUGGCCUGUUUACACCUCCUCACCCUAGUUUUCAUCCUCUGUCUGCUCUUCGUUUCUAUUCGCAGGACGUUUUUAUGACAUCACGACCUUUCUUUUUUGUCCCUUCUGUUCUUCCAGCAUGAAUUAGCAGAGAUUCCCCCCCUGGUGCUACAUAGCUAUCAAGUUAAGUUAAAGCAGUAUUGUUAGUUAUCGGUAACUAGAAACCUUUUUUUAAAUAAGAUUAUCCUUAGGUUUUUAUCACAUUUUUCUUUUUUUUCUUUCUUUUU